AUGUCAAUCCCGUCGCUAGUUGAUAUCCUAGUGGUUGGUAGCGGAAAUGCUGGCUUCUCUGCUGCCAUCUCCGCUGCUCAAACCUCUCCAUCGUCACGAAUCAUCCUCAUUGAUAAAUGUCCAGAAUCGUGGGCGGGCGGAAAUUCCUACUUUACGGCUGGUGCCAUGCGUACCGCCCAUACCGGGCUUUCCAAUAUUUUACCUCUUGUCAAUAAUGUGGACAACAAGCUUGCAAAGAUAAUUGACUUGCCACCAUACAAGAUGACUGAUUUCGAGAAAGACAUUCAGCGGAUCUGUGCGGGGCGGUCUGAUCCGCAGUUGAGUAAGAUCCUUAUUGAAGACUCACGAGAAACUAUUCAAUGGCUCAAAGACAUCGGUGUACGGUUUCAAUUGAGCUUUAAUCGUCAAGCAUUCCUGGUAGAUGGUCGAUACAAAUUUUGGGGUGGCCUUGCUUUGAAAACUCAAGAUGGAGGGAAAGGUCUAAUAGAAGACCACAAGAAAGCCGCCCAGAAACAUGGUGUGGGAGUUUAUUAUCAGACUGCCGCAAAAGAAUUGCAUACGGAUCCCCAAACUGGAGCCAUUACUGGAAUUACGGUCGUCUUAAAUGGGAAAUCAAAGUUAAUUCAGACAAAGGCCGUGAUUCUUGCUGCUGGUGGCUUCGAAUCCAACUCACGAAUGAGAGCACAAUACUUGGGCCGCGGGUGGGAUUUGGCCUAUGUCCGUGGAACCCCAUUUAAUACGGGGGAUUGCCUGGAGAUGGCCGUUCGGGACGUUUCUGCGAAGCAAGUAGGGAAUUGGUCUGGCUGUCAUGCGACAUGCUGGGAUGCUAAUGCAGAUCCAAACACUGGAAACCGAGAGAUUUCGAAUGAAUUCACAAAAUCGGGUUAUCCAUUGGGGGUAAUGAUUAAUACCCAGGGAAACAGAUUUGUAGAUGAGGGAAUCGACUAUAGAAAUUAUACCUAUGCUAUAUUUGGGAGAGCGAUUCUCCAGCAGCCGGAUGGCAUUGCGUUCCAGGUGUGGGAUUCGCAGAUGAUUCCUUGGCUGAGGAGCGAAGAAUACCGAGAUGGGGUAGUGAAAAAGAUCCAUGGAGAUACGAUUGAAGAACUUGCCGAAAAGUGUGCAUCAGAGGGUCUCAAAGGGAAAGAACAAUUUGUCAAAACUCUCAAAGAAUAUAAUCAAGCAGUGUAUGAACACCGCAAGGAAAAUCCCAGGGCCAAAUGGGAUCCGGCAAUCAAAGAUGAGCUCUCUACACAAUCAUCAUCAACAGGUUUAUCUCUUGCAAAGUCAAAUUGGGCGACAUCGAUAGAUCAAGGGCCCUUUAUGGCCGUAAAGGUUACUGGAGGCAUUACCUUCACUUUUGGUGGGCUGGGUGUGAACCCUGAAACUGCGGCGGUUGUGUCUUCCACUACAAAUGCGGAGGUUCCCGGACUGUAUAGCGUAGGUGAGAUGUUAGGAGGAUUAUUCUACGGUAAUUAUCCAGGUGGUAGUGGAUUAACAUCUGGCGCGGUGUUUGGAAGACGAGCUGGUAGAGCUGCUGCCGCUUCAAUUACUCGUUUGCAAGCUAGAUUAUAA